GUAGCUGGACACACACCUGGAGAUCAGUCCACAAAUUUCUUCGUGGUUUGAGCUUAAUUCUGUUGUCCUAAAAGCUGGAUACUAAGUCCUUGGAUUGGUAGACCCAGAGACAGAUUCCAAUGACUUUUUUGCACCGUCAUGAAACCCUUUCGCAUCAACGCUCACCAGCCAUGCACUAUCUCGGGAUCCCUACGAGCAGUGCUUCUAGACCAAUGCUUCAGAAAGUAAAUGUUUAUCGUUUCCAGUACAUCUGGGUGUAUGUUCCAAAACCGCUUUUUUUGGUCCUCAAGAGCGUUAAUCAGACCCUCUCUUUGGCGCAAGGAACUGCAAAGAAUAUAUUUCAAGGGAGUACACUCACCGGGGCGUUUAGUGGCAACAAACAGUGCUUUAGAGCUGGGGGGAGAUAUGACGUUGCUGAGGGAGACUUGGCGGGAGGUAAAGUGGGGCAGCCUGCUUAACGUUUAAGGUGUGCAGACCGGCUGUGAACUCAGACUGACCCGAUUUGCCCAGUAUCUCAAAGAUAUUAUUAAUGUAACAUUCUGCUAG